GAUGCGGCUGAGUUGGCUGCGGCUGCUGAGGAAGCUAGAGACAAAGUGCCCGACAAUGAGCCUCUCCGUAUCGACACUGCAGCGGUCCUUGAUCUUCCGGGCAAACGCCGUCCUGGUCCUUUGAACUCUCAGUCCGUACGAGCUAUGAACAUACCACAACCUCUACCCUCCGCUCUCGCCACCGCUCGUAUCAUCGAGGACCUUCAUGAGAUCUCAUACCCGGAAGGCAUCAAGAGCCCGAAAGUCGAGCUCAAUGCGAGCGCCGCCAAGGGCAAGUUCAGGUACGAUCGCGACUUCCUCCCACAGUUCAUGGCGGUCUGCAAGGAGAAGCCAGACAACCUUCCUCCGCUCGAUGCCCUCGGCUUGGAGCCAAGCGACCAGACUUCCAGCGGCUUCGAUGUGACUCGCGGUGGCUCUGGUCGCCGCAAUUCUGGCAUGGUCACUCCCUCCGGAUCAGUCAGUCGCAAUGCCUCGAUUGGUCUCGGUUUCGUUCCCAGCUCCAUGGGCAAGACUUCCGGGUUCGGUAUGGUUCAAUUCGCCACCACCGCCAAAACCGGCGAAGAAGGAUUUGCCCUGGCUAACGGUCCGAGUCGUUCUACCUCUCUCGCUGGGAGCGCUCUGAGUGGCAUCGCUAUGGGUGGUGGUCGUGGUCCACCAAUGUCGCGCACGAACAGCCAAGGCGGACCGGAUUCUGGAAAAAAGCGCGAGCGUACCCGUAGCAAGCGUAUCGGUCAGACCAGGAACGAGUCGAACAGGGUCCACGUCUCGACUCCCGCCAUGUCUAACAUGGGUCCACCUCUCGAGCCUGUUGCUCCUCUCGAGGCCAGCGCAAACCGAUGGGUUGCUGGCAGUACUCGCCGUGGAGCAGCCGCCGCUGCCGUCACACCGGAUCCCGACUCACCCGAAAUGGUCGAACGUAAGGUCAAGGGUCUCCUCAACAAACUUACCAUGGAGAGGUUCGACUCGAUCUCCGACCAGAUCAUCAGUUGGGCCAACAAGUCCGAGACCGAGAAGGACGCUCGUACGCUCAUCCAGGUCAUCAAGCUUGUCUUUGAGAAGGCUACCGAUGAAGCUGCCUUCUCCGAGAUGUACGCGAGGCUCUGUCGUAAGAUGACGGAGACAAUCAGCCCCAAGGUUCAGGACGAUGGCAUCAAGAACCAGGAGGGCAAACCUAUCGUGGGUGGUCAACUGUUCCGCAAGUACCUUCUCAAUCGUUGUCAGGAAGAUUUCGAGCGUGGUUGGUUGCAAAGGGAGACAAGCGCCGCCGCCGCUCUCACGAAGGCGACGGAGGACGAAGCUGCGGCAAGGGCCAACGCUGCCAGCAGCAAGGAGGCCGAAGAGGGCGAGCUUUACUCAGACGAGGACUAUGCAGCCCAGAAGGCCAAGCAGAGAGGUCUCGGUUUGAUCAGGUUCAUGGGUGAACUGUUCAUGCUGCAGAUGUUGACGGAGCGUGUCAUGCACGAGUGUAUCAAGAAACUGCUCGGAAACGUCGAGAACCCGGAGGAGGAGGAGAUCGAGAGUUUGUGCACGUUGAUGAAUACCGUCGGGGCGGUUUUGGACACUGAGAAGGCGCACGCGCAUAUGGAUGUGUACUUCGCUCGUAUGAAGGAGUUGACGAAGAGUCCGAAGGUGAAUUCGCGUAUAGCUCUCAUGUUGCAGGAUGUUAUCGAGCUUCGGGAGCAUAGGUGGCUACUAUUCAAUACUCCCAGCGGUUCUCGGACCAUCCGGCAGAUUUACGAGGCCGCUGUCAAAGACAAAGCUGCGAAGGAUAAGGAGUUCCGCGAGCGCCAGAUGAGCAUCGGUGGCUCUCGUGGUGGUGACCGUGGCGAACCUCAACAGAUCGGUCCCGAUCGUUGGGGUACUACUUCAGGACCCAAUCGUCCUCCACCCAAGGCCGGCGACCUGUCUCACUUUUACAAGAUCGCGAAAUCGACACCGAUGAGAUUUGGUCCCAGCAGCGUAUUUGCCGGAAAGAAGGAGGCCAAUGGCCGCGAAGCUUCCCUGUCCCGCAUGGCUUCCACUUCCAAUAUGUUCUCCAUGCUCAGUCAGAACCCCGAACUUGCUGUCGAGGCUACGACCUCGAAGCCCAGCCGACCGGCGAGUCGCAAGACGAGUGUCAACCUCACCCAGCCCGGCGGUGUCCCUGGGCCCACACAACACAGAAAGCUUCAGCUUCUGCCUCGUUCUAAAGCUCUCGGGGAGAUGAAGGCGGAGAAUACCCCUGCCGGAUCGGAGGCUGGCUCUGAGGACGGGCGUGCUGAGGCUUCUGCUCCUCCCUCAAUGUCGGAGGAGGCGGCUACGAAGAUUAUCGACGAGGACGUCAAGGAAUUCUUCAGCAUGCCCAUGUUGUGUGCGGCCGAGUCUUACUUCCGCAGUCUUCCCGAGGAGCACCACUUUCAACUCAUCGAGAGACUCGCCAUGGCCGCCAUUGAGUCCACGGAAGCGGACGGGUGGCUCGUCGCAGCCUUCUUCGCUCAAGCGAGAGAAAACAAUCUCUGCUCCCCUGCAUCAUUCGAGGAGGGCUUCGUGCCGCUAGCUGAGCUGUUGGAUGACAUUGCGAUUGAUGCGCCCAAGGCAUUUGAUCUGUUUGUGGUCAUGAUGAAGGGUGCUGGGCUGGAUGAGGAUGAGGAACGGAAGUUACGGAUAGCGGAGAAGUCAAUGAACAAGGCCAAGUUGAUCGCGUUAUUAGUUUGAUUUUCUUUCCUUAUCUUCUUUCGUACAUACUCUCAUUCUCAACGGUCCUCGUAUUUUUCCCCUUAUAACUUUCGCUCUGAGACAUUGAUUCAACCACCCCUCCCCUUAUGUGCUCCUUCCAUUUUCUAGACAGUUUAUUUCACUCUUCUACCACACUUUCCCCGUAACUUCUCUCUUCCGAGCAAGAUUUUACUUCCCACAAAGUGACUAUCAU